AUGUUUUUUCCGGUAAGACCUAAUCAACCUAAGAAGUCCAAAUCCUCCAAAUCCUCCUCCGUCGUCACCACCAAACAAGGCCUGAAGCGUUCGUCCCAAGGACGCUCCUCCCGGGUAUCGUCGUCAACCAAGGAUCCUCAGCCUGAACCACCGGCUACCUCCUCCACUUCUUCGAUCUCCCACACCGCACCACCACAACCCCGCAGGGCCUCGAUGCCUGGCGUCGAUACUGCCAUCUCGGGCACCGCCUCGUUCUUAGAAUCGAGGUCAAGCCUGCCCUACCCAAACUUCUCCAAAGCUCAUAGCAAGGAAGAUGUCCGCACUGCCAGUAUUCCUACCCCGGACCCCACCGAUGUGACCGAGCACGAUCAAGAGAAUGGCAAGGCCAAUGGAGCGGGUCGCACUCGUGCUGAGAACCCGAAAGCCCCUCCGAGUCCGCCCUUGACAGGUCUCAGUGAUCAACCGACCUCUCGGAGAGGUAGCCCAGCGGUGGGCGAAGACGACAAGGCUUCGGACAAGGAAAAGGCGAAAAAGAAAGCAGCCAACAUCAAGAUCAGGGCCGAGGUCAACAGAUCGUCGUCUAGUCUUCGAUCGAAGAGAGAUGAUGGAACAAAGUCAAGCAAGACUACUCGUGCAGAUACCCCCAAAUCAAAGUCGUCAUCAUCCAAACCCGAAAAGGAAUCCUCAUCGACGCGAACAGUCCAUAAAUCAUCCUCCAAAUCCAAGACCUCCGAUGAGAAAAAGCCCUCCAAACGCUCCAGUCGCUCAACAUUGUCUCCCCCGCGGUCAAACAUCACCGUCCGGGAUGUCGCUGCGGAAUCAACAAACGGAUCCGAUGCUACCUCCAUUGCCCCCAACCAACAAUAUACCGUACCACGCAAGCCGAUGACCCCUCCGACGAAGCCUCCCUCGCGCAACCAGCUUCGAUCUUCCAACUCUCACCGACACACACCUAGCGAUGAAUCGAUCGACUACGGGAGACCAGUCGUAGUUGAUUACUUGCUCAAAGAUGGCGGUCUGGAAAGCAAGGUUCCCAAGACUCUACUAGGCAACCCUGGUUUGACGGACCCUUUCGCCCACCAAGCUACUCAACCUCAGCUGGCCGCUGCAAAGGUCUUUGAUCCGUAUAAUCGUCUUCUCGAUGACUACCAAAAAGUGAUGAGCAAGAGCGGCUCCCUAGCUGUCGCGACGGGAUACCGAUCUGUAGCUCGCCGACUGCUCGAUAGGCUGGAAGCUGUCUUUGCGCGCGAUAUUUCGUCUGAACCAUGCAGUUGUUUGAUGUGCGGUCGCGAUCAAGAGGAGGAACCACAAGAGGGCGUGAGUUGGGGAGAAGUCCUGGAACUUGUUUCGGGCCGACGUGAGCUUCCUAUGUGGCCGCCAUUCAUCAUGGCGCAUUCAAAUAUAGACUCCGAUAUACCUGGGGAAGAACAUAUCCCAAUGCAGAAGCUUGAUGUCGAUGUGCCCGAGGAGUACCGCGAUCACUUCAUUCGACAAUCUCGCAAGACAAAGGUGGCGGUAGAUAAAUGGCUUUCGGAGCAAAAUGAAGACACCAGCAGUGCGCCCGUCGAAGUGGAUGACGAGACCUUGACCUUCGCCAUGCUCACCCACCUUGAAUCUCACCAGCGCUCCUUGUUCUGCGCUUUACUUGGCAUCAACUCUUCAACGCCCGUCCCACGAUCCGGCGAUGAAAAGCCCCGACCAAAACCUUCCGCCCCAGCAGCCAUGUUCAUGCUCAACAAUCCCGCCCUGCACCACGUCCUCGCUACACUAGCGGCAAUCAGCGACGAUGAAUGGGAGAUUCUAAUCUCCGGCCGAUUCGACGGCUUCCUCCGCAGCGGCGCAGAGGACCCCGUCCCUACAUCCGGCUCACGCUGGAACAGCAACCGCUCCAACACACCCUUCAGCACAGGCGGAAUCUCACGCGGAGCAACACCCAACCACAUGGACAACGGUCGACCCGCCAGCCAGCCAAACGGCAACCCUUCAUCCCCAGCCUCCUUCGGCGGGCCAAUCGCACUAGACGAAGAAAUGGAGAUUGCCGCACUAGCAGAAGUCGAACGCGACAUCUUCCUCGGAAUGGAAGCUCUCGAAGACGCCUUCGAAGCCCUACACCUAAAAGCCGAAGUCGUCCGACGCGCCCUCCGCGAACGUGGCGCCGGCCUCGCAGUCGCCAACCAAAGCCGACGCGGCUCAACCGUCGAAGCGCGCAUGGGCACGCCUUUCUCCGUCAAUGCUUGGGAAAGUGGGACUGAUGAUGGCAUCUUUGAUGAUGAUCGAUCUCUUGCCCCGGAUGAUUCGGCCAGUAAUAUUAGUUCCAAUCGUCGUCGGAGACCGAAGAGACGGACUGAGCGACGGACUCCUGCUCCUGUUGAGGAGGAGGAUGAAGAGGAUGAUCGCUCGCCUAUUGCCGGUCGUCGCGAUUCGCGGAAUUCGCGACGGAGAUAA